AUGUUAUGCUCCGGUAACGCUCCUGGCCUGCUGUGUCCCAUAUCUGCAGCAGCAACAGCAGCAGCAGCAGCAGCAGCAGCAGCAGCAGCAGCAGCAGCGGCAGCAGCAGCAGCAGCAGCAGUAGCAGCAGCAGAAGCAGCAGCAGUAGCAGCAGCAGCAGCAGCAGCAGUAGCAACAUACUUGUGCUUUUAUCGUGCCCCUCACAGCAAGGGGCAAUGUCCUUGUGGAGAACUCUACGCCAUCAACAGCAGCAGCAGCAGUACGAACAGCAGCAGCAGCAGCAGCACCAACCCCAUCACCAGCAACAGCAGCAGCAACACGAACAGCAGCAGCACCAACCCCAUCACCAACAGCAGCAGCAGCAGCAGCAGCAGCAGCAUACCUGUGCUUUCACAGUCCCCCCCACCGCGAGUGGCACAGUCCUAG